AUGGAACCCGAGCACCUCAAUCACCUUGGGACCAUAACAGAAUGUAUUGGCUUCUGCCGCGGAUCCAUGGCGAGGUGCAAGGCGUGCCUGUCAGAGCAAUCAGAGGGGUGGCCGUUCCCGCAGCACGACUGGUUCGAGUUCCAGUUGUUGUCGACGCCGAGACGAGGCGUGACAAACAAAAAUCACGGCGAGGAGAUCGGGGAGGAGCUGAAAGCCUCCGGGCUGGUCACAGCCUGGAGCGAGGCCCGUCCCGGCGAGCCUGGAUACGCGGACGAGGACGGGGUGCCGGUGUACCGCGAGCCUGGCCCGCAACGCCACACGUACGUCGUGCUGGAGCUGCGGCCGCAACGGUCGAGCAGGGCCAGGCGCAACGCGCAGCAGAAGUCGGGGCGCGCGCGCGCCGAUUCGCGGGCGGCCGGGAGGGCGCUCCUGCUGUCGUCGGACGCUUACCUCCAGCUGGCCGGGCGGGUCGCCGUGUGGAGGGAGCAGGUGGUGCGGGUCAUGGAGGCGGACGCCCAGGAGGCGAAGGCGGAGGCGAACGCUCGGCAGAAGGAGCGCGUCGCUGCCAUCCUCGCGGGCACGGACGCUGCGGGCGCGGGCGCGGGGGUGGAGGAGGCGCUCAAUUGCUGGGAGGAGGGUGCGUACGAAGCGGAGACGCUGGAGGCGCUCGCCGAGUUCGGCGAUUGA